GACAAUUUUUUUUAUGGCUGACCGUAACAAAUCGGCGACACGGAGCUAAAAGAGAUCUUUCACUGCUGGGAGCGAGGCUGAUUCAUGAGCAGAAGACCCGAGGAGAGGUUGCAUGAUUGAGAGACAGAGAGAGAUGGCAAGUGAAGACGGAGAGAUGUCCACCAUUUCAGCUCAUGAUCUGGCCAGAGAGAUACACUCCAACCAGGACUGCGUGGUGUUGUUGGACUGCAGACCUGUCUUCUCCUUCAGUUCCUGCCACAUCUCGGGGGCCGUCAACAUCAAUCUCGCCUCCGUCAUGAGGAAGAGGUUCAUGGCCGGGAAGAUUGGUCUCCCUGACCUCAUAUCAUCUCCCCACUGCAAGACUCUGCUCCAGAACGGAGGCUCGGGGAAGGUGGUGGUAUACGAUGAGUCCACAACUGACCCAAACUCUCUCUCCUCAAACACCACCGCCCACCUCGUCAUUAUGGCUCUCAGCAAGAUGGGCAACACUCCACUACUACUCAAAGGAGGUAUCUGUGAGUUUGGGGUACUCCACCCCAGUCUGUGUGAGGUCAGUGUUACUCCAGUACAGAGGGCCAUCUCUGCUGGACCUAGAGCCACCACUCCAGGUCAGAGGGACCAGGCUCUAGACUGGAAGACUGCUCCUCCUGUCUUUAUUCUCUCUUUCCUGGUCCUGGGAAGCCAGAAAGACGCACACUGCAAACAGGUACUACAGGAGUUUGGAGUGAAGUACAUUCUCAACGUGACGACAAAGUGUCCCAACUACCACGAGGAGGACAAGGAGUUUGAGUACAAGAGAAUAGCAGUCACUGACACCGGGACACAGAAACUCUCCAACACUUUAGAGAGGCCUUUGAGUUUAUUGGUGGACUCGUGUGUCCUGAUCCACUGCAUGGCUGGCAUAUCUCGCAGCGUCACGCUCACCAUAGCCUACCUCAUGAGCCACUUUGGCCUCCCCAUGACCUCCGCCUACCAGUACGUGAAGGAGCGACGUCCGGCCAUAUCCCCGAACCUCAACUUCAUGGGUCAGCUGGUGGAGUUUGAGAACUGCUCCUCCACGCACCCAGAGGGAGAGGGAGACGGGCUGCCUCUCAGAUUAGAGGAUUUCGCUCCAUCUCUGGAGCAGCAGGAGAUGUCUGAGCUAAUGAAGGUCAGGUCUACCUGUAGUGGAGGCUCCAGUAAGGAGAGCACACCAGAGGCCACCAGAAACACCCCAGAGGCCGGAGUCAAACCCAGCAGUGAGGGUCCAAGGUUCACCCUCAAGCCACUCACAUCCAACAAGAGGAAGAAGAAGAGAGUUUCCCCACGCACGUCGCCACGGAUACUGACAGACGAGGCAGCGUACCUGAGUCCCAAGAAGCAGGGAGGGGGGAGGGAGGGGGAGGGAGGUGGUGUGGACACGCAGCCAGCUAUCAAUUCUGUGUCGGUGGUCAAGAGUCUGGGAGGAACAGCUCCCACCGUGCUGAGUCAGCUACGAAGAGGCAGCGUGGAACAGGCCAUCAAGAGCUUUGAAAAACUCCAUACAACUGACUAAACCUUUCCUGACUGGAAUUAUUCACCUUCUCCUCCCCACAUCCUCCUCUAUUUUACCCUCCACUAUUUAACUAUAUAUAAGCCACCCUACUUAGAGCCUCACUAUGUAUAUCAGUACAUCUGACUCCACUUUUGUUCAUCUCCGAUUUUUCUCCUUUCUCUACUGUAUACUCGCUCACCCUUAUCAAAAUGGUAUCUCACUUCAGUCCAUUUCCUUCUGACUAACUCUUUCCUUGUCGCUAUACGGUUGCACCUACCAAAUUAAAUUUCACAGCUUAUGCACCACUAAUACCCAUAUUAUUUACCCUUCUCAGUUUCUCUGUAAUGUCUGUCUUUCUGUGUAGUUUCACUUCUCCUAGAAUUAUGUCCCCACAUGUUAUUCAGUGAUCUAGUUUGUCACCCAUACGUACAUACAUGCCUAAUGUUUUAUACUUCUCGCCUGUAACUAACCUCUUGUGUCGUAAUCCAUCUUUUUUUGUCUUCUGUUUUGUUCUUCCUCUUGUGCUUCGACCCCACAAUGUCAUUGUGUGCAAGUGAUUUUAUAAUUAUAGAUAUUAAACUUUUUCAGUGGCUCAUGUCAUAAGUACGUUUUUCAGCAUCAUGUGCCGUUUUACAAUUAAUGAUCGAAGUAACACAAGUAGUGCUUACUUGUGUGCCAUUCAUGAUAUGAUGUGGGCAACUUGUAUCUCCACGAAUAAUACAUCA